AUGGACAAAAGAAAAGGAAAAAGUUCAUUUGACAAGUUAUUAAAGGAAUUGGGAUUUAAAACAAUUGGGGAAAUUCUAAAGUUUCAAAAAAUAUUAAAUCAAUGUAUUGAAGAUAAUAUAGAUUACAGCAAUAUUAAUAACAGUAAUAGUAAUGAUAAUAAUAUUAAUCAUGGCGAAAAAUUAUUUUGGAGAGUUUGGAGAUCAGUAGUAUUAAAAGAUCAAAUUUUAGAAUAUUAUAGAUUAUUAUCUUUAAACUACAAUGUUAAAUUUCAUUAUAAAGAAGAGUUACUAAAUUACAGUAAUAGAGACUAUAUAACAAUAUUACAGUAUGAAGGUAUUGAACCAUUACCAAAAGGAUAUAUCCCCAAUUCAGUAUCAAAGCUUAUCUUUAAAAAUGCAGUGCAGGAUAUUAUACCCGGUGCAAUUCCAAUGUCUGUCAAAAUCCUUCGUUUUGGUCCUGCAUUUAAUCAGUCGGUUGGACCAGUUGGCGUUAUUCCAGACUCAGUUACUACUCUCAUAUUUGGUUUAAAUUUUAACCAACCUAUAGCUCCAUCGGGUGUUAUUCCAUCUUCAGUUAAAACCCUUUCUUUCGGUGAUCUAUUUAAUCAACCAUUGGCAUCCGGCUUAAUUCCAUCAUCUGUAACUGAUCUAAAUCUUGGACUAGGUUAUAAUAAUACAAUAGGGCCACAUUCAAUCCCAACUUCAGUAACUAGACUUACAAAGUUUUGCCACACAUUUAAUCAGAUCAUUCAGCCUGGUUGCAUACCUUUAAGUUGUACUUCAAUUAAAUUUGGAAGAUUUUUUAACCAAGCCCUAUCACCUGGUUGUAUUCCUUCGUCAUGUACAUCUCUAAUUUUUGGCCAUAAUUUUGAUAGGGACAUCGCACCUAAGUCCAUCCCAUUAAGUGUUUCUAGUCUUACAUUUGGUCUUAAUUUCAACCAUCCAAUUAAAGGUUUGCUUCCACCAUCAAUCUGCGAGCUUAUUUUUGGUUUAUACUUUAAUCAACCACUUACCCCAGGUGAUAUCCCAUCAUCAGUUAAAACCCUUACAUUUGGAGAUCAAUUUAACCAACCCAUAGUACCAGGAGUUAUUCCAAAAUCAUGCCACACUUUAAAAUUAGGAAAGCUAUUCAAUCAAUAUAUCAGUUAUAAUACUAUUCCAUCCACAACCAAAAUUAUUAAAUAG